GCCCCCUGAAGCCUGCGCCGGGAGCAUGGGCGCCGGCGGCCUCCAAAGCGCUCCUCCGCGGCGCCCUAGGCGCCCGGGGCUCGGCUGCCUCUGGGUGGCCCUGCUCGCGUUGAAGACCGUGCGAGGGAGUGUGGACACGGAGCCCCCUGACCCUGUCUACCUGCCGGCCGCUCUGGAGCUCUUAGAUGCCCCGGAGUACUUCCGCCUCCAGCAGAUUGGGCACUACCCUCCUGCCAACUCCUCGAUGGGCUCCCGUUCCGAGACCUUCCUGCUCCUCCACCCGCAGCCGAGGGCACAGCCCCUCCUCCGGGCGUCCUACCCACCCUUCACCACCCAGCAGGCGGUGCCGGGCCGGGCCACGGAGCCGAGUGGCUUGCUUGCUGCCUGGGAUGUUCGGGCCGUGUCGGUGGAGACUGUACUCACGCCCGUGGAGCCCCACGCCCGGGUCCUCUUCUACCUCAAGGGGCAGGACUGGCAGCCGGGCCCCCGAAAUCUGCCCUGUGCCCGGCUCCAUGCCAUCCACCCCCUGGGCACGAUACACCAGGCCUGUCGCUUCCAACCUGCCCUGGGCGCCUGCGUGGUGGAGAUGGAGCUGCCCCGGCACUGGUUCUCCAGCGUCGCCACCACCAAGGCGGAGCUGGCCUACACCUUGGAGCCGGCGGCCGAGGAG